GAAUCUCAUUUCAAAACUAACACAGUGCUGCCUUCUCUCUCAUCUCUAUUUCUCUGAGCUGACUUUGCCAAAAUGUCUGCGAUUCUUCAAAAUGUUUCCACUUCUCUCUCUGCAUCGACCUCCACUUUUCUCGGUCACAACAAUCUCAAGGCCAUCAAGCCUUCUCAUGUAUCCAUGGCGGGGAGAAUGAACGCGGUCGUUAAAUGUGUCGCGUCGCCGUCAGCUGAGAAAACUGCUUACAAGACAAAUGUGGCACGGAAUGAAAACCUAGCUAAACUUCAAGCUGGCUAUCUCUUUCCCGAGAUAGCAAGGCGAAGAAAUGCACACAUUGCUAAAAAUCCAGACGCUAAAGUUAUCAGCCUUGGAAUCGGUGACACAACUGAACCAAUUCCAGAAGUCAUUACCUCUGCAAUGUCAAAGAGAUCAGAAGUGCUGUCAACGGUCGCUGGUUACAGUGGCUAUGGUGCUGAACAAGGUGAACAGAAAUUGAGAGCUGCCAUUGCCUCAACCUAUUAUGAAGGCCUCGGCAUCGAAGAGCAUGAUAUAUUUGUAUCUGAUGGAGCGAAAAGUGACAUAUCUCGCCUCCAGGUCCUUUUUGGUUCUAAUGUGACGAUGGCUGUUCAAGAUCCAUCUUACCCGGCUUAUGUGGAUUCGAGCGUUAUACUGGGUCAGACUGGUCUGUUUCAGAAGGAUGUGGAAAAGUAUGCCAAUAUUGAGUAUAUGAGGUGCACACCAGAAAAUGGAUUUUUUCCUGAUUUAUCCACUGUUCGUCGGACAGAUAUAAUCUUCUUUUGUUCUCCGAAUAACCCGACUGGUUCUGCUGCAUCAAGAGAGCAACUAACCAAGCUUGUACAGUUUGCUAAAGAAAAUGGUUCUAUCAUAGUCUAUGAUUCUGCUUAUGCUAUGUAUGUCUCAGAUGAUAGUCCGAGAUCAAUUUUUGAGAUUCCUGGAGCCAAAGAGGUUGCACUUGAAGUUUCUUCCUUCUCCAAGUAUGCUGGGUUCACUGGAGUUCGUCUUGGUUGGACAGCAAUUCCGAAAGAGCUCCAUUACUCUGAUGGUUUUCCAGUGGCCAAGGACUUCAACCGCAUAGUGUGUACUUGUUUCAAUGGUGCAUCUAACAUUGCUCAAGCUGGUGGUCUGGCAUGUGUUUCACCUGAAGGCAUUAAGGCAAUGCAUGAGGUUGUUGGUUUCUACAAGGAAAACACAGCUAUCAUCGUCGACACAUUCAAUUCGCUCGGGUUUAAGGUUUAUGGAGGCAAAAAUGCACCAUAUGUUUGGGUCCACUUUCCUGGCCGUAGCUCGUGGGAUGUGUUCAGUGAGAUCCUGGAGAAGACUCAUGUCGUCACCACCCCUGGAAGUGGUUUCGGACCUGGGGGUGAAGGGUUCGUCCGGGUCAGUGCUUUCGGGCACAGGGAGAAUGUUAUCGAAGCCUGUAGAAGAUUCAAGGAGCUGUACAAGUAAACCUGAGGCUCCUCGGAUGAAUUCUUCUAGGAUCAAUCGGAUUAUGUAUGCCACCGGUGUUUGUAAUGCUUGGUUUGCACUUGCUGACUUUUGUUUUGCAGGAUUCUACCUUGUAAAAGUAAUUUAAUUUUUUAUUUUGAAACUAAUGUGUUUAAUAUUUUAUCUAAUAAAAAAGUACAUGGGAAAUUUAAGGAUUCUUA